GUUCUAUUUAUAAAUUUCGACCUUGACUGCAUAUAAAUACCUCCACAUAACAUGAAAACGACGAAUUUAGUUAAUCAGUUCUCCAGGAUUCAACCAAGUGAAUCAUUCUAGUUUGACAAGGUUCACUUUCACAUUGCUGGAUAUUAACCAUGCAGGCUAAAGAAGUUCGACAUGUUUUGUUCAUUUUGUUUCUUGCGUUGUAUAUGCCCGGUCUCCAAGCAUGUGGGUCAAGCAGCAGCAGAAACGAUUGGCAUGCCACUAUCAACAUGAAUUGUGAUAGAGGAAUGAGUAUAAGUCGCUUGAACAGCUUUCAUGAAAAUGAAUACGAAGAUCGUCGUUGGGCAUAUUCCUGCCAUGCUAACUCUAAGGCUCUAAUACGCUAUAAUACUGGCGAAGAAAAUACCCAUGAUGGUAAACUGGAUUUCGUCUGUCCUCGUGGAGGUUACAUAACUCGAAUGUACAGUAAUACCUACCGGACACUUUACAAAGACAGGACAUUCAAGUUCACAUGCAGCCGCGAGAAGUACUGGAAUCCACCUCACCCUAAAGGAAACUGCUAUUGGACUGCCUGGAAAAAUAAAUAUGACGGCGAUUUGGACUUUUGGGUGCCAACUGGUUAUCACUUAGCCGGUGUGGAAAGUAGACAUUACAACUGGGCAGAGGAUAGAAUUUGGAAAUUCUAUGUGUGCAAAUAAGUGUAUAUGAUUAUGGAAAAAAUAGACACCGAUGAUACGGCCGAGGAAAUCGAUUUUUGCAAUAACCCGAACUAUCUAGAGUUCUAUACCUACUUUCUCAUUAUCGUGAUUGAUGUAAUUAUGGAAACAAAUGCAAACGUAUCAAAACUAGUGUUUUUAGUGAGGUUGUAAUUACCAAUGCCACCAUGCAAUUUACUCUUCUUAAAUAAUAUCCGCAUAUAUUAUUGACGUCAUUAAAACGAGGCUAAGCCCGCAGAGCUUCAAAUUUAAGAUGGUUGCCAAGCAGUAAAACUGAAUACCCGGGAGAGCAGAAAUAUACAAAGUUUUUCAUCCAGAAAUUUUUCAGUGCACAGCUAAAAAAAUGUCAGAGAUUAAGAGAUUCCAGAGAGGUAUUUUGUUCCCUCACUGAACAGCUGUUCCAUAUUUGGAAAGCGGCAGUCAAAUUAUCCUGAAAUCAUAGAACCUUUCUUUUUCGAAUUUUCAAUUUAGACAGCCAAAAAUAUACAAAGAUUUUCAGUGCACAGCUUGAACAAUAUGUCAAAUGUCUAGGAUACCGUUAUGCAGAAUAUCAAUGGUGGAAUGAUUUAAGACCUCUGAUCGAGUCAGAGAAUUUUUUUGGGGUGAAUGAUUGCAGUACACCGAAGUACUCUAUAACUUCCUGGCAAUUGAUAAUUUACAUCGAUGUCAAGAUAAAUAAAAUACGGAAAAUCAAUCACAUGAAAACUGGUAGUUUUGAUAUAAAUUCGCCAUUUCGAAAUUACACAAAUGCUUACGUUUUUAUACCAUGGACGUAGUUUUCACAACGAAAUUUAAUCCCAUUACAUACAGUGUUCUUUAUCUCCGCUACUAUUGCAUGUAAUUGUCUUAAAUUCUUUUAAAAAUAAUAAAGGUGUAACUUGGAAGAAAAAUAAGCUCCCGCGUGUUGCUGCCUGGCCGCCAUUUUGAAUUCGAAGCCCUCAUUUUGAUUACGCUAAUUAAAUAUGCGCAUAUUAUUUAAGAGUAAACUCAACUUAUGUUAAGUGGCACACAGCAAUCAAACUUGCAAAAAAUUAAUAAAAUGAGAGCCUAAAUGUAAGCCAACUUUGCUCUGAUGCUAAUGGGCUAAGGAAUUAAAAAAAUAAACACUUUUGGAAUACAUGGGUCCAUUGAAGGAUUGUAAUUUCUAAAUUUAAAUGAAAUGAAUAAACAACUGCUCAGUGAAAA